AUGAACCGCUGCCUGGGUACUGCAGAACUUCUGGACAUCAUCAUCGAGAAACUCGAUGGAGAUCGGACCAGCCUAAGCUGUCUCGCUCGUGUGUGUACGUCACUCAAGGAACCUGCUCUAAACGCUCUUUACUACAAGAUGGAUUGCUUCGAAGAUUUGCUCGAGGUCAUUCCUGAAGACGUUCUACCCUUUCAGCAAGAACAGCCGGGGUUUAACUCCUGGAAUUUCCACAGGCGCAUGGCACGCGACGAGUGGCACAUGUUCAUAUCGUACACAACUCGGGUCAGGGAUAUCAAGAUCGAGUUUGUAGACAGUCAUAUGGACUCAGUAUGGAACGUCUGUACGGUUCUUGGCUGGCAUUGUUCCGUGGCUACUCUGUUCCCGAACCUACUAAAGCUUACGGUGUUGGCCAACCACAUGGGAUCUGCUGGUCAAUUCGUGGGUCGUCUUUGUCUCGGCAAGAAGCUUCAAUCCUUGGUCAUCAAAGAUUGUAACACAGAGCUAUGGCUUAAAGGCUUGCAGAGUAGUGGAGCCCCUUUAUUCUCCCGUUGCCCCCUAUUGGAAGCAUUUGAAUGUGGGCCCGACGAUCAGAACCUCGAAUAUCCGAACGCGUCCAGCAUUGUCACGGACAGUAUUUGCGGAUGGCCAAAUCUUCGGACUCUUAAUUGCGGCCCUCUAGAGCCCCGUUCUAUAUCGCAUGUAGCUGCUAUGCCAUCCUUUAAUCGUUUGCGGCUUGCUCUUAGCGAAGAGACACAUUGGCCGGACGAAGGCUACUGCUUUGGCUUACGUGCGCUUGAGGCGCUGAUUGUUGACUCUCACGAUUAUUGUUCCUUCGAGAAAGUAUCUAAAGCACUGGCAAGCCUCUUCCGACUCGGGGUUCAUGCGCAUCCGCCACAGGCAUCUCUUCGUCACCUCGAAGUACAGUCAACUUCGAUGUCUACCUCUUCCCUAUCUACGCUCGCUGUUGUUAUGGCUUCAUAUGUGUUCCAUCAUACCCUUCAGAAGGUCAUCAUUCGCGAUGGAUGCUUGUUUCCUGGACGCACAGGACGAGCUACAGGUAUAUCAGGUCGCGAUAUCUCCGCAUGGCUUCAAACGCUGCGCCCCUUCCAGCGGCUGACUCAUAUAGACCUCAGAUACACGCACUCACCUUAUGGAGAGGAUUUUCCUAUUCCAGUCGGCGUACUGCUCGACUGUGCGCGUAGUUGGCCACAUCUCAGGUCCCUCGUGCUCUGGUUUAUCACAACGUCGCUCACGCUUGUAGACACAAUCAACUUGUUACAGGUUUUGCCGAAGCUCGAGACUCUAGGCAUUGGGAUUCGAAUGACGACGGACGCGAUCAUGUUGGUCGUCAGAGAAAAACUCCCGUUACCAUCAAAUGCACAGAUAGAUACUUUAGCUAUAGAACAUGCUGACGCAACCGAUGCCACGCAAGACGUCGAGCCCUUGAGCACCCUCCUUGUCCAACUCGUCCCUCGCUUAUCCAAGGUUCUAAAAGAGGACCAUUCGACGUACGCGGUUAGAGCAGACCGUUCACCGUUUUGGGUCGCUGUCUUGGCCAAGGUUCAUAACCAACGGGCUGCCUAA